AUGGAGUCCCUCUCUGUUGGUAUUAAGAUGCCCAAAUGGCGCAAAACCCUAAAAACACUGCUAGUCCUAGUACAUUGCUUCAAGAUCUUGGUGGUAGUGGCACUUAUCCAUCUAGGGUUCCUGAAACCUCCGCAACAAAUGACUCAGUCCAUGGACGAGCAGAAUCGCCAAAACCCUAAUGGUCAUAUUCUCAUGUUCGACCGUCUGUGCCGGUCGAUGGUCCCGGUUCCGAUCCACGUUUUAACAGCGUAUAUCAAGAGUCUUCCAGUAGUGGAGUUUGGUCGUGUUUUCGAAAAAUACACAAAGCAAGAAGGUCAGGUGACAGAAUGCAGUAUAUGCUUGGAGUGCAUUGAGAGAAGUCAUGAGGUGAGGGAACAGUGCAACUGUGAUCAUUUGUUUCACAGGGAGUGUUUAGAUGGUUGGGUGAAUCAAGGGCAGGUGACGUGCCCUUUGUGCAGAGCUGUGCUGUUUCCUGCCACUAGUGAAAAGACGAGCUGCGGCGGAGGUCAUGCAUGGACGGUAGACAGGGAUGCUUACUUUGAACCUUUGAUAGGUUAG